UCGGGCGCCGACUUCUCGUCCGCAGUGUUGAACAGCACGAACUUCUUCCGCGCCCGCUUUCUCGCGAGUCCAGUGCAAUGGGAUGCGACUCUUGCGCAGUUCGCACACAAGCACGCUCAGGGUUGCCUCUGGGAGCAUUCGGGCGGUCCAUACGGAGAGAACCUGGCGGAGGGCUUCGCGACUCCAGCGCUGGCCGUUGACGCCUGGGCUGCAGAAGAGAAACACUACCAGUACCCGGAUGGCGGCUUCUCCGAGUCCACUGGCCAUUUCACCCAGCUGGUCUGGAAGAACACGACACACGUCGGCUGUGGAGCUGUGAACUGCGGUAGUGGGACUGGCGGCGACGCGGCUUUUGGCUGGUAUCUUGUGUGCGAGUAUGCGCCGGCGGGAAAC